GGAAAUCCAUUUAGAUACCUCACCUUAACAGCCUUCACCAGGUGUUUCAGCUGCGUGAAUGGAAACGCAGAGGAGCACAGCGCAGCGCAGAGUAUGAAGCCAACCUCGGGACAGAAGUUUUGACCCGGACGGACCAGGACUGCUCCCUCAAUCUCUAAGACCUCCAUGACAAGACGGGAGCGACUCGGAACCAGCCAGUAACGCGGAUAGAGCGCGAUGGAGAACAACAACAAGGGCUUACUUCACUGUAAGAUAGUUGUUGUCGGGGAUUCGCAGUGUGGCAAAACGGCUCUCCUUCAUGUCUUUGCCAAAGACUCUUAUCCAGAGAGUUAUGUCCCCACGGUUUUUGAGAACUACACAGCCAGCUUUGAGAUUGACAAACAGAGGAUUGAGCUCAACAUGUGGGACACCUCAGGUUCAACCUACUAUGACAAUGUGCGGCCGUUGGCUUAUCCAGACUCGGACGCCGUGCUCAUCUGCUUCGACAUCAGCCGUCCAGAGACGCUGGAGAGCGUGCUGAAAAAGUGGCUCGGUGAAACACAGGAGUUCUGCCCAAAUGCCAAAGUGGUGCUGGUCGGCUGCAAGUUGGACAUGAGAACGGACCUCAACGUGAUGCGAGAGCUUUCCAAACACAGACUCAUCCCCGUCACCCACGAGCAGGGCACCAGCUUGGCGCGGCAGAUCGGAGCUGCGGCAUACACGGAGUGCACCUCAAAGUACUCGGAGAACAGCGUCCGUGAUGUUUUCCACAUCACCACACUGGCCUCCGUGUCCAGCAUCCACCGGCCGCAGCUGAAACGGGCAGAUUCCCGGCACGCCCUCAAGCGCGUCUCACAGCAGCCUCCUCGGACUGAGAUUCACGACCACCCGCCUCCCAUUAGAAAGGAUCGAGCCAAAAGCUGCGUGCUCAUGUAGCCAGUCUUAGGAUUUUAUUGUGUGUGUGUGCACAUGAAAUUAAAUUAUAGGAGGAUUUUUCAAGAUCGUUGCACUGCAUUAUGGAUAAUAAAGCAAAAACAGGAGCGCUGUCCUGUGGAGCUCUUUGAAGGACUGUUUGUCCAUUUUUAGCAAAGCACUGCUCGUAGUUUUCUUUGUCUGUGUUCUCAUAAUGGAAGGCCACCGCACUAACUAAAGCAGCUUUUCCUUGUCGCUUUUAAGAUACCAAGAGGACAAACACAGGCUGGUUUACAACUGAACCACAGGACAGAAAAAGAUGUUUUAAAAGCUGGUGCUGCAGGGAGCUGCAGUCGGCUACGCUGGUGCCGCUUUUCUCAAAUGCACUUCUGAUAUGAAGCAUUCAGGUGAAUGAAGCACAGUAUGGCGCACACAAUGUUUUCUGACAAAUCUGUACAUAUGUGGGAGUGAACUCUGCUGUUUCAAAACAUGUAACAAAGGUCACACAUGAUCAUUUCUGAACUGUUGUGUAAUUAUUCAGAGCAUGUUAAGAAGAUGGAGAUGACCUUACCUGUAUAUGCGAAAAUAAAAUUCCAAAAUCUGGUCAGCUAUAGGGGGUUGGAAUAUGUUUUAAAAUGAAA